AUGGCGUCCUCAUCAUUGCAGUUUGCCUACCGAACCCAGAAGGGCAUCGGCCUGUUUGAUGCUGCCCCGGCCUACCAGCCGCUCUCUGGAUUCGUCAAGCCCGAAGGGAACCUCCGGUGUUGUGGAUACUCGCCCUGCGGCCGCUACUUUGCCUGGGCCAGCCCCGAAGUUGUCACUGUUGUCGACGCCUCCACUGGCCAGCAGGUCCUCGCCCUUCCCAUCCUCAACGUCUACGAGCUUGGCUUCUCUCCUCUCGGCACCUUCCUCAUCACCUGGGAGCGACCCGCCAAGGACGAGAAUGGAGACGCGACCAAGAACCUGAAGGUCUGGCGCACCGUCGAGGAAGGUGUUGCUGGUGCCGACAAACUGCCCCUGGGCAAGUACGUCCAGAAGUCUCAAGGAGGCUGGAACCUUCAGUACACGGCCGACGAGAAGUACUGUGCCCGUCUCGUCACCAACGAAGUCCAGUUCUACGAGAGUCACGAUCUCGGCACCGUCUGGAACAAGCUGAGAGCCGAGGGCGUUGCCGACUUUGCUCUGGCGCCCGGCCGCUCAUACGCCGUUGCAGUCUUCAUUCCCGAGCGCAAGGGACAACCUGCUGCCGUCAAGGUUUUCAACGUUCCCCAGUUCAACGCCCCCAUCUCCCAGAAGACCUUCUUCAAGGGCGACAAGGUCCAGCUGAAGUGGAACCAGCUGGGCACCGGCAUCCUCGUGCUGGCCCAGACCGACGUCGACAAGUCCAACAAGAGCUACUACGGCGAGACCACGCUGUACCUGCUCAGCGUCAAUGGCUCCUUUGACGCCCGUGUCAGCCUCGACAAGGAGGGCCCCAUCCACGACGUUUCCUGGUCCCCGAACUCGAAGGAGUUCGGUGUCGUCUACGGAUACAUGCCCGCGAAGACCACCAUCUUCAACCACCGAGCCGUCGCGACUCAUUCGUUCCCCCUUGGGCCCCGCAACACCAUUAUCUUCUCGCCCACCGGUCGGUUCGCUUUGGUUGCUGGCUUCGGUAAUCUGGCUGGCCAGAUUGACAUCUACGACCUCGAGAAGGAUUUCCGCAAGCUCUACACCAUCGAGGGCGGAAACCCCAGCGUGUGCACGUGGAGCCCGGACAGCCGUUACAUCAUGACGGCCACCACAUCUCCCCGUCUCCGUGUCGACAACGGCGUCAAGCUCUGGCACGUCAGCGGUGCCCUCAUGUACAACGAGGAUAUGGUCGAGUUGUACAACGUUCUCUGGAGACCCCAGGCGCUUGACAAGGUGGCCGGUGGCGACCCCAUGAACCCCAUCCCCGCCCCGCACGCGUCCGCGGCCACGUAUCUCGGCUCUGUCAAGACGCCCAGCAAGCCCGCGGGAGCCUACCGCCCCCCUGGUGCUCGUGGCCUCGCUACCCCCCUCCACUUCAAGCGUGAGGACGAGGGAGGUGCCGCUCACGUCAGCAUGAACAACGGUUCGGCGCCCAUUGGACCUAACGGAUUUGGCCGCCCCCGUCGUGGUGUGCCCGGCGCGGAGUUUUCUGUUCCCGGAGCGGCCCCCAAGAUCCCGGGAGCUGAGACUGCCGAAGGCGAUGAGAAUUUGUCCAAGGCGGCGCUCAAGAACAAGAAGAAGCGCAACAACAAGAAGAAGGAGGGCGAGGCCAACCCCGAGGGUCAGAACGGCGGCGGAGCUUCCCUUGCCCCGCCCCCGCGCGACUUUGGAAGAUCCGGCCACGAGGGUCGCAGCCCCGAGCGCCGUGGCGGCGGCGGCGGCGGUAACAACCACCGUCACCGCAGCCACUCUCGCAACCCGGGUGCGCCUCGUAACAGGAGCAACACCCACCGUGGCCAGAACGGUGCGCCCCAGGCGCCCAACAACGCCCAGCAGGCCGCGGCGGCCAAUGACGCCGGCGCUGACGGCCAGAACCCCAACGCGAAGAAGAUUCGCAGCUUGCAGAAGAAGGUGCGUGCCAUCGAGGACCUCGAGAUGAGACUGGCUGGAGGCGAGAAGCUUGAGGACACCCAGAUGAAGAAGAUUGGCACCAAGACCUCUGUGCUCAAGGAGCUGGAGGGUCUCGAGAAGGAGGGCCGCUAA